UCACGCUAUGCUCGCCUCUAUCAAACGUCUUGCCAUCCUCGUCUGCUUUAUAGCCUCUGCAUUUGCGCAGAACAUUGACAUUAGUCUGCCUGUGUCUGGAACAACUGUCAGUGCGGGUAGCAACCUCAUUGUGCGGAUUGACAAGCCAGACAGUCUCACUGGUUCAGUCGAAGUCGGCCUUGCUAUCAAUCUCAUCUCCUGUGCGGAUUUCGGUGGCUGCGCUAAUUUCGAUCCCACUGAGCGUCUCGGCAAUACUCUCUACACUGGCCCGUUCAAUCCCACCUACCAGUCUGGCGACUAUUAUCCGUCAGAGAACUUCACCGUUCAGAUUCCGGCGGGUUUUGCUUCAGGCGAGGCCGUCCUGAGCGCCACCCACUUCGUGCUUGUCGGCGCUAGCCCGCAACCUUACUUGCAGACGGCGAACGACACGAUCAUAAUUGCUUGAACGUAACGAUUCCAAUGCUACUCGAUGACCUCAGAUGUUAUUGAUUACUAAUUGAUCUCUCUCGAUAGUAUUUUGAUGAUCUAUUCAUGCACACAUUAGUUAUGAUCAUCCCUUACAGUAGUUUCGAUUGAACAGGAAGCAUAUCAAUAACGUUACUCCCAAGUAAUUCGUUUUCCACAACUAUAUUGUGUCGCUAUUCAAUCCCCGGACUAUAUGCUAGCCCGAUGCUCGGCUCCUGUGAGCCUGAGCUCGACCUGUUGUUUCGAAUCUCUCGCGGUGAUGCCUUUUCCAUAUUAUUGUAUAUGCGGUUGCGGUUGCGCGCGACCAAUCUGUCCUACUGUUUUUUUUUCACUUGCAAUUGAUGGCCUGCAAUUUGCCUGGUCAG